CACACACACACACACACACACACACACACACACACACACACACACUGUAAGAUUGCUCUAACACUUCACUCUCUGCACAGAACCUCAGGUUUUCCCGGUCAGCGAACACCGAACAUCAUCAGGAUACUUUGUUUUUUUAAAUCCUGUUUUUCCUGUUAAAACCUUCAGCUCUGCAUUCAGAACGAAACAACGUUGACUUUGGAUGUUUAUUUUCAGCUAAAGCUGCACAUUUUGUCCUGUUUUAAUGGAAUUUCCAGGAUUGUUUAUGACGUGAACACUCUGAUCUGACAGCCGUCCAGUCAUGGUGCCAUGGUGGAGCACCAGAAACAUCUGCAGGUCAGCUGCAGCAUGGUGUCACCUGCUGUUUUCAUCACUGCUACUGCAAACGAUUCUUUCUGUUCAUGGUGUUCCAUCCUGCCCUCGAAGCUGCAGCUGUCCAGGAAUUAAAGAGGUCCACUGUACGUUCAGACACCUCACCACCAUCCCAAAAACCUUUCCCAAAGGCACAGAACGGCUAAACCUGGGUUAUAACAGCCUGACAGAGGUGGAGGGCUCAGAAUUCAAGUCUCUGCGACAGCUGGAGAUGCUGAUGUUGCAUGGAAACGACAUCAACAUGGUUCACUAUGGGGCCUUCUACAGUCUGAGGUCCCUGCAGAUCCUGAAGCUGAGCUACAACAAGCUCACAUCAGUGAACCCCGGUCUGUUCGAAGGGCUCGUUGGUUUGGUCCGACUUCACCUGGACCACAACCUCAUAGACUUCAUCGAACCAUACUCCUUUUCUGGUCUGACCUCACUGAAGCUCCUGCAGCUGGAGGGGAACCUCCUCAAAGAGAUCCAUCCUCAUACCUUCAUAACUUUGUCAGUACUUGGAAGCUUUUGGACCUCUGGACUCAAACACUUACACCUGUCAGACAACUUGAUAGAGGAGCUUCCUGCCACAGCUUUAAAGUCAUGUUCAAGACUGGAGCUCCUCACUCUGCAUGGAAAUCCCUGGAACUGUGACUGUCACAUUCACUGGUUGGUGGAAUGGAGUGCCGCACAUGAAGGAGUAAUAAAAUGUAAAAAGGAACGUGGCUCCACUGAGACGUGCCCUCAGUGUUCCUUUCCUCAACAUCUGAACGGCACCCAGUUCCUUGGGUUGACUCCAGGGAAGCUUACCUGCGAAAGACCAGUUCUUCGCUCCCCUCUCAAACAAUGGGACAAUCCAGCAUGGGCUGAAAAUGAAGCAGAGCCUGAUCUCCCAUACACCCAGGACUUGGAGAAACCUUUGGGCCAACUGAUCAUUGUUCUCUCUGACAGCCAUGGAAACCGUGCUCACGUGGCGUGUGACGUGCGCCAUCCGGGAGACGGUUCGCUCAUGACAUGGGCUGCAAACCCACAUUCCCCUCUAGAGUUAUCUGUAAACGUGUCGCUGAUGACUGUUCUCGACUGUGAAAUCGAUCGAGAAACACUGCAAAAUCUGUGGCAGCUGGUUGCAUACUACUAUGAAAGCCCUGCAAUUUUGGAGAGAGGUCAGCUGAGAGCAAAUACAAGCAGAGCUACUUAUCAGUAUGUCCAAGUUGUGAGUGAGAACUCUCCUUAUUUCACAGAAUUAAAAGGAUAUUUAGAAGCAGAACCUUCAUGGUUGCUUCAACCAAGAAUCACACUGAAGCUAAACAGACAGCAGACAACUACAAAGAAACUUGUAAUGGAUUUUACUACUUUAAUUACGAAAGAGAUAAAUGGUCUUCAAGGGAAGGAUGAAGAUAACUAUGCUUCUUCAUGGGCAUUAAUACGCAGAGGAACAACUGGGCGGGUUCAGGCUGCUUUUGAGGGUUCAAAGGUUCACUUAGAGUGCAACGUCAUAACUUCAGCCUCAGACGUGAAAGUGGAGUGGAUGCUUCCAGAUUUGUCCACUGUUGAAGCUCCAACCAAGAAGAUAGAAAUUUCUGAAAAAGGGCAACUGAUCAUUGUAAAUGCCACACUCUCCGACUCGGGCCUCUACCACUGCAUCGUCAGAACAAAAGCCGGAGUGGACUUCAUGCCACUGAGACUCACCAUCAAAGAACACUCGCUAGGCCCCACAGCUUUAAAUGGUGAAAAGAUUACAGUGCAGAAGGGAAACACUUUGUCUCUUCCUUGUGACGUCAUGUCAGUUCAGCCCAGUCAAACUUGGUGGUACCUGCCCAAAAAACAAGUUCUUCUCCCCACACAGCAAACAAAAAAGGCAGAAGUGAUGCCAAACGGGACUUUGGUUGUCAAACGGAUGACAAAGGAAGAUGCAGGUGACUAUAGCUGCUUGGCCUCCAAUCUGUACGGCGCUGACAUGCUGUCUCACAUAGUGGAAGUUGUUGGAGAAGAGACUAAGUCUAAAGUACAAACUGAAAAAGAGCAGACAGUUCUGACUCUUGGCAUAGAAGAAAGGGAGGGUUCAGGAGGAGAUUACCAAGAAAUUACUCGCCCUUUUGCCACACAGCUCCCAGAGAAGGUAAUGCGACCACAAAGGAAGCCAAAUGGGUUUUUAAACAGAAUGAAAGAUUCAAAAAGAAAGCCUAACAAAUCUGUCAAGGAAUUGGAUCCAAAUCGUUGGGCAGAGAUAUUGGCUAAAGCUAAUUUAAAACCAGAUUCUCUUCUCCCCACAGAGCCAUCUCUAGAAGAGCCAAGUACUGUAACCAUCCAAAGAACUACACCCAAACCUGUGACUGUUGGUGCGACUGUUAGCACUAAUCGUUUACAUUAUUUUACUUCUCCUUCUUAUUCUGACCAAACUUCUCCCUUACACCAAAAUGUUAAAAAAGGAGAUCGCUAUAAAGUUCCUGAAAUAAUAAAAAAUCAUCAGCAGGUUUUACAAUCUUCUCUUCCAGACCCAUCCCUACAACAUGGUAUCACAGACCCCCAGGGUAGUCAAGCCAAUUGGCCUGUUAGUGAGUUGGAAAAUAAACAUCUUGGGGAAAAAAGAGGAAACUCCAACGCUGUUCCUGGUGUGUCUAACAGAAGACAGCCCUUUCACAGACGCAGAAAACCUCUACUGAGACGAAUCCAUCCACACAAAAACCCUCUCCACCAUUCAUCUAGCAAACCUCAAAUGUCAGUCCUCACACCAACAACCACUACCACAACUACAACCACCACCACCACUACUACCACUACUACUACUACUACUACUACCUCCGCUACUACUACAGCAAUGCCAACGCCAACCACCACAGAACACCAUGAAUCUUCUGAGUAUCAGAUAGAGGGAGAUUAUGACAAAUACUAUGAAGAAUAUGAUUACAACGACAGUAAACAUUUGGAUACUACAGAUGAUCUGAUCAGUGAAACCCUACAAAAUACUUUUCUUGACAACAGCAUUACCCCUUUCCCAUUAGUUACAGAGAGAAAUCCAUCUAUAGUUGGACAAGAUUUAACAAAUCCUCCUCCAAAGAGAAAAAGUCCAACUCUAUGGAGCACUGAAGACCUAGUAAACUCUGAGAAACCUGUGGUAGAGACAGAACAUGAUGGAGAACAUACUGUCCAAAAUAGCAACAAUAAAAACAUUUUAGUAGAGAAUAAAAGGAAAAGUGUGACCACAAUGGAAGAGCAAGAAAGGGUAACAAAGAACCAGGAAAAACUUAAAAAAGAGCUGGUUACUCAGAGCUACAAUACAAAAGGCAACAUUCAAAUACACAACAGACCAAUGCCAAAUGUUCAGCCUGCACCAAAACAAGUCCCAUCAACCCAUACAAGAACUUUAUCCCCUAAGGACUCUUCAUCAGGCAGAACAAUGGAAGAGGGUAUACAAACGGAGGCUAAGGUGAUGAAAGAAUCGAAUAAAAAGCCUGAAACCCACCAUAGUCUCAUUAUGGAACCACUUCACCCUUGGCUUCAACAUAACAACCAGGGAGGGCAAACCACCAAUUCCAGGGUUACUCAUACCAAUCAAGAGAGAAAUACAGAAAAACUGGGUGGAGUGUAUCCAAGUAGACAUUUACAGCCUCCGAGAGUUCCUCCAACCUCCCACUGGUCUGCCCCUCAUUAUCCUCAUCAUUACUACCCUGUCUACCCCUCCUGGCCAGGUCAAAGAACAUUUCCUCAACCAAGGCAAGGUCCUGAUUCACACCCUGCACCGACCCAUCGAUCCUGGCCUUUCCCACACCCUUGGGCUCAUGGUUCAUUUGUGACUAACCGACCAGAGAUAACAGCUGACACAGUAAAACCCAAUCCUACGGUCACUGAAGUCCCUGACUCAGAGAACUCAAGAUCCAUCAGCCAUCAUUACCAUCAAAACCCCUAUGUCGACAGCAGAGCCCAACAGAGAGAUCAUUUGUUUCUUUCAAGACUCCGAAAUAGAUACAGACAGGCCCAGCUUGAACGCAUCGCUCAGCUCAAAAGGAUAGUGACACCCAAACCUAAGAGCAGCUACUACAAUCUUCAGCCCUUGAUUAAACCUAACCCCACCCCUCCAGCCCUGCGUAGGCCUCACAUCCUGAAACCAACGACACCCAUGGCUGUUUACCCUCUAAAGCACCCAAACCUUUCUAAACCUUCCUUAUCCCCAUUCAAAGGCUUCAUCCCAACCCCUCCUCCCCCCCAGCUCCCCACCACCUCUCUGACUCUGCAUGGAGGUGGGUGGCCUUCUGGAGAACGACUCAGCUCCCAGCAUCCGACGCCUGUGCCUCCGUUCCUGUGGCAGCUGGGAGCUGGUGGAGUAAAACCUCGGAUCACCACCAUUUCCUCAGCCAGCGUGUCAGUGCUGGCGGAGGAUGAUGUCUUCCUGCCCUGCAAAGCAACUGGGAAUCCUCAACCCAGUAUUGCUUGGACCAAGGUCUCUACAGGUGCCACCAUCCCAGCCAACACCAAACACGGAUCUCGUUUCGAAGUCUUCAAAAACGGAACUUUCGUGGUCAAGAACAUCCAACUUCAGGAUCGAGGACAGUACCUCUGCACGGCACGCAAUCAGUUUGGAUCAGAUCGAAUGGUCGUUACUUUAACCGUCCAGACCGAGUCCCCCAAAAUACAAGCACCCGAGUCCGCGGAGAUAGCAACCUACCUGGGAAAAAAUGUUUCUUUUGACUGCCUCGCGUCUGGAAAACCACCAGCUCAAAUUUCCUGGAUCCUCCCGGACAGAACGUUUGUUCGAGAAGCUGGAAGCAUUCACACACUCCUCUCUCCCAUGUCCCUGCUUCAGAAUGGAACCCUGAAAAUCCACCCUGCCAAUUUCUCCAGCAAAGGAGACUAUAAAUGUAUCGCAAGCAACGCAGCAGGUGCUGAUACAGUCACCUAUCGCCUCCAUGUGGCAGCUCUGCCUCCAAGCAUAGGUGGAGAGACCCAGGAAACUGUGACUGUCCAACAAGGCAGGAGUGUAUAUGUCCACUGCUCGGUGAAGGGGGAACCGGUUCCUGCUCUGAAAUGGAUGCUCCCAGCGGGCCUCUUCAUCAAACCAUCACAGUUUCUGGGACACAGGCUGUUUGUCUUCCCCAACGGGACUUUACUUGUAAACAACGUGUUGCCUUCUGAGGGUGGAAGCUCCUCCUCCUCCCCUUCCUCCUCCUCCUCCUCCUCCUCCCAUUCUUCCACCCCAGCACCACGCUACUCCAUCCCGGCAACACAUUGUUUCAGCCAUGUAUGGUUCCACCGUCUACCUCCACUGUCCAGACUCCACUGGAUCCACCAGAGGGACCCUCUGGCAGCUGCCCUCCAGGACUAUUCUGGAGCAUCAAUACAGCCCAGAGAGACCAAUUAAAGUCUUCCAAAAUGGGACUCUGAGGAUCCUUCAGCUUACGGAGCUGGAUGCUGGAAACUAUCUGUGCUUCAUUCCUCGGCCCAACAGAGAGGACAUGGAGCUCUUCCAGGUUGAAGUGUUGAUGACUCCUCCUCGAAUUGAACAAGUAAGGACUGCACAGACCAGCAUCACCUUUGGACAAAACUUCCAGGUGGACUGUGUUGCAAGUGGCCUUCCCAAUCCAGAGGUUUUCUGGAGUCUUCCAGAUGGAACGUUUGUCAACAACGCCCUUCAGUCUGAUGACAGCGGCCUUCGCAGUCGCCGCUUUGUCAUGUUUGGGAAUGGAACUUUACUUCUCCAACAGAUGGGCAAAAGAGACGAGGGGGACUACACCUGCCAUGCCAAGAACAAACUGGGCAAAGACAAACGAAUAGUGCAUGUGAAAGUGGGACCAAAUGCUCCAAAAAUUGGACAAAAAUCACAAUCGCUGGUCAUAGUCAAGUUGAGAGAAACAGCAAAAUUGAGCUGCCAGGCUGUUGGUGAGCCUAAACCAACCAUUACAUGGAUCUCACCACAGACAGACGUGAUCCCAGUGUUGUCAAACAAAUACAGAAUCAUGGAUGACGGGACAUUAGUUGUGAAUAAGGUGACACUGGCUGAUGAAGGGAAAUAUGUAUGUGUGGCCCAAAAUUCUGCUGGUGAAGACAUUAAAAACAUGAUAAUUGAAGCUGAACUUCAGGAACCAUUUAUCAGUGGAGUAAAAGGAAAGAGUACUACAAAGCUUUUGACUGUUUCUUACCAAACAGCACUUUUGGAUUGCAGUGUAGAGGGCAAACCAGAACCAAAAGUCUGGUGGGUUACUCCAUAUGGUCACUCCCUCACGUCACCCUAUCUUGGAGGACGUUUCCAAGUCCACAAAAAUGGAAGCUUGGAGCUGAGGGGAGUCAGGAAGACGGACGAAGGAAGAUAUAAGUGUCUCGCCAAAAAUCACCUGGGUGAGGCAUCCCUUUCCAUAGAAUUAGAAGUAGCUUCAUUAGCAGAGAAACCUAGUUUUGCUUUUCCAAAUAUUGAAAUUUUACCAAUUAAACAGAAUGGUGCUGAGCUGAUCCUUGAAUGUCCUGCAAGGGGCAAGCCAAACCCAGACUUUUUAUGGGUUUUACCCAAUGGAACAGUAUUACCACCUGGCUUGAGGCUUCAACGCUUUACCCAUCAUUUUGGUAACGGAACUCUACGGAUUUCUCAACCUGUUGCAAUUGAUAAGGGGAUUUAUCGAUGCCUGGCAAAAAACGUGGCUGGUCAAGCAGAGAAACGGUAUGCCCUGGAAGCUGGCAGGAAGCCAGUCUUAAGAGGAUCUACAGGUGGGAUGAAGAUCACUUAUGGCCUCAGUCUCAACCUGCCUUGCUCUGUGGAUGGCUGGCCCCAGGCGUCCAUCACAUGGACUCUACCCAAUGGUGUGGUUUUGGACAAGCCCCAGACUAUUGGACGGAUUUCUGUCUUCACCAAUGGGAGCCUCCAGGUCAAACAGGUUGCCACUUUUGACAAAGGAACGUACAUCUGCAAAGCCUCCAACUCUUUCGGAUCAGCAGCGCUCUCCUAUCCAGUCACAGUGAUGGUCUUCCCACCACGGAUCACCAGCACCAUGGCUUCCAUAACGAGAGUUACCCGGGGGACACCGGUGAUGCUGCAGUGUGUCACUGCUGGUAUGCCAAAGCCAGAGGUGUCAUGGACGUUACCCGGGCGCACCACGCUGCUGCCACACAACCGGUACACGGCGCGGGGAGGAAUUCACAUGACAGAGGAGGGCAGCCUGGUCAUACACAAUCCUGUGCUCACAAACUCUGGUAUUUAUAAAUGUAAUGCUAAAAACGCCCUGGGAACAGAUUUCAAAUCAACGUACCUACAGGUUGUUUGAGGGACAGACCUGAUUUAGGAGAACUCUGAAUCGAACUCUGAAUAGAUGAGACAAGACCUUUACUGAACUUUAUAAAGAUGCUCUGCUGGCAGACUUAAACCGACUUGAUUUGUACCUUAUAGUUUGGGAAACAUUGCAGUUUGUUUUUUGUACCCACCAAUUCAUCUCAAAAUACACUUUCACAAUGGCAUUUUAUUAUGUACUGUAAGUAAGUUUGUCUUCUCUCCACACUCUGCAGUCUUUUCAAACUGCAUCUUUUAGUUCAAGAUGUUUAUCUGCAUAAAACGUUCAAGAAGGUUUUAUGGUACCCCAUUGAACUAGUAACCGUUCCCCUUUCCUAUAAGAGAAUAUCUACACUUUCCUGAGUUUAUUGACUUCCACCAACAUCUAUUUUAAUAAAUUUGUUAAAACAUCCUCUGAGUUUGGUUGAAUAUUCAAUUUCUCUUCCUGAUUCUUGUCACAAAGUCCAGAGUUUUAGCAUUAACCCUGAAUAGUUUUUUAAUCCUGGAAGGCUUGUAGUUUAAUGGCGUACCAUCAAACCUUCUGGUACUUUUUAUGCACAGGAACAUGGUAUCGCUCUUGCAUUAUGUUAUAUUAUAAAGAUUUAUUACUACUUUUUAUUCUGUUAUAAAAGACAUAGUCUGGCUUUGCGUUAUCCAGCUGUCUCUGGUCCCUGUAUUUGCAAAAUUUUGGUGCAUUUUUAUUGUAUUUACAGCUCUCUUUGGAGUCUCCAUUACCCUGACCCAGCCUGUCAUGGUUUGAUUGUACUUGUGCAUUUUCUGUUAUUAGUUUGCAGUCUCCUCCUGGUGUUUUUCCAUUCUGUCUCCUGUCUGUCCAUCCUUCAGCCCUGCCUUCCCUCACCUGUUUCCUCUUGCUUCUCCUCCAGGUGUUUCUUGCUUUCCCCUCAUUUGUUGUCUUUAUAUUCUGUCUCAUGUCCUCAGUGUUUGAUCAUAGUGCUGUUUCUCCGGCCACUUUGGCGUUCUCCCUGUAAUCCUUGUUCCCUGUUAUGUUUUGAGGUGUUUUUUGAGCUUCCUUGUCAGUCUUUUUUUUUGCCCGAGUUCUGGGUUGAUCCUGCCAACACCUCACUCCUCAUCUGUUUCACCAGCCCUCUCAUCAUUCUUUAUCUAUGUAUCUUCUCUGUGUUUUUCCUGCUCUUUGUCAUGUUUACUGACUGUCUUACUGUGCUCGUGCAUGUCCCACACCACCCUCACCGCCUGUCCUCCUCAUUAGGUACCACAGUUUGAGUGUUUCCCACUGUAUGAAUAUAAAAUAUUCAUCUCCCUAAAAGUAAUAUUAAAGAACAUGGGUGACAUUUUUCUUCAAACUUUAUUGCAAAUUAUUUUGUUUACAAAUGAACUCUGAUGUCAUCAUGCAAACUUGUUCUAGUGUAAACUGUUUUUCUUGUGCUGUACUGCCUUGUAUUUCUGUUAUUUUUAUUAAGAAGCGUUAGCUUUUUGUAAAUGACUUUCAUUGAUUUAUUGUAAUUAUUUGAUAUUCUUCUAUACAUUCAAAUUCAUCAUAAUUUUACCAUUGCUUAACUCUAAUUUAUAAAUAAACUACACAUUUAUAGAGG